AUGGCCGGCGGGGCCGCGCAGCCAGGGGCCGAGCUGCUCUCCUUCGCGGGGUUCCUGGACUCGAGCCCGCAGCCUCUCGCGUAUGGGUACGGCCGACGGAGCCUGAGGGAGCUGCGGGCGCGCGAAUUCAGCCGCCUGGCAGGAACUGUCUACCUUGACCAUGCAGGAGCCACGUUAUUCCCCCAGAGCCAGCUUACAAACUUCACUAAAGAUCUCAUGGAAAAUGUUUAUGGUAAUCCUCACAGCCAGAACAUCAGCAGCAAGCUCACCCACGACACGGUGGAGCAGGUGCGCUACAGGAUCCUGGCGCACUUCCACACCUCCCCGGAGGACUACACUGUGAUUUUCACAGCCGGGAGCACGGCUGCUCUUAAACUGGUGGCAGAAGCUUUCCCGUGGGUGUCCCCAGGCCCAGAGAGCAGCGGGAGUUGGUUCUGUUACCUCACCGACAGUCACACCUCCGUGGUGGGCAUGAGGAAGAUCACUGCGGCCAUGAAUGUCACUUCCAUCCCAAUCAGGCCUGAGGACAUGUGGUCUGCGGAGAAACAGGAUGCUGCUGCCGCUGGCAACCAGGACUGCCAGCCUCCGCAUCUUUUCUGCUACCCGGCUCAGAGUAACUUUUCCGGAACUAGAUACCCCCUGUCCUGGAUAGAAGAGGUCAAGUCCGGGCACACACGCCCCAUGAGCGUGCCUGGGAAGUGGUUCGUGCUGCUGGAUGCGGCUGCCUACGUGGGCACCUCGCCUCUAGACCUGUCGGUUCACCAGGCCGACUUUGUCCCCAUCUCCUUCUACAAGAUCUUUGGGUUCCCCACUGGCCUGGGAGCUCUGCUGGUGAAUAAUCGUUCGGCUCCUCUGCUGAGGAAAACCUACUUUGGAGGAGGCACGGCCGCUGCGUACCUUGCAGGAGACGAUUUCUAUAUCCCAAGAGAGUCGGUGGCUGAAAGGUUUGAAGAUGGCACCAUCUCGUUCCUUGACAUCAUAGCACUAAAACAUGGAUUUGAUGCCCUCGAGCACCUCACAGGUGGAAUGGAGAACGUCAGGCAGCACACCUUUACCCUGGCUCGGUACACCUACGCUGCCCUGUCUGCCCUCCGCUACCCCAAUGGAGCCCCAGUUGUGCGGAUUUACAGCGACUCUGAAUUCAGCAGCCCGGAGGUUCAGGGUCCGGUCAUCAGCUUCAACGUGCUCGACGACCACGGGAGGAUCAUUGGUUACUCUCAGGUAGACAAAAUGGCCAGUCUCUACAACAUCCACGUGCGAACCGGCUGCUUCUGUAACACUGGGGCCUGCCAGAGGCACCUGGGGAUAAGUGACGAGAUGGUCAAGAAGCACCUUCAGGCUGGUCAUGUCUGCGGAGACGACGUGGACCUCAUUGAUGGGCAGCCGACGGGAUCCGUGAGGAUUUCAUUCGGAUACAUGUCCACGCUGGAGGAUGCCCAGGCCUUUCUCAGAUUCAUCAUAGCAACCCAUCUGUGCCCGCCUCAUGGCCAACAGCUCCCUCUGGCCACCCCCGGGGAGGCUGGAGCCCCACCAACAGGGAGCGAGGCUCAGGACGCUGUGCCUGCCAUCGUGGCCACACAUAGUCCCUCACCUCAGGAAGAUGCUCCCCCAGACGCCAGGGUUUGGAACAACUCACUCACCACUGUGCAUGCUGUGGGUCUGUGCCCACCUCUGCUGGAGGCCACUGGAACCCAGCAGACCCCUUCAGAGAAAGCUGCAGGUGUCCCAGAUGGGGACCUUGGGUCACGUGUCAUCACCAACCUUUACAUCUACCCGAUCAAAUCCUGUGCUGCAUUUGAGGUGACCAGGUGGCCUCUAGGAAAUCAAGGGCUGCUGUAUGACCGGAGCUGGAUGGUUGUGAAUCACAAUGGCAUUUGCCUGAGUCAGAAGCAGGAGCCCCGGCUCUGCCUGAUCCAGCCCUUCAUUGACCUGCAGCGAAGGAUCAUGGUCAUCCAAGCCCGAGGGAUGGAGCCUAUAGAGGUGCCUCUUGAGGAAAACAGCGAACGGGCUCAGAUUUGCCAAAGCAAGGUCUGUGCGGACAGGGUGAAUACUUACGAUUGUGGAGAAAAAAUUUCAAGCUGGUUGUCUAAGUUUUUUGGCCGUCCAUGUCACUUGAUCAAGCAAAGUUCAGACUUUCAAAGAAGCGCAAGGAGGAAACAUGGCAAAGAUCAACCUGCUUGUACAACAGCCACCCUUUCUCUGGUGAAUGAGGCCCAGUAUCUGCUGGUAAACAGAUCCAGUGUUUUGGAACUUCAGCAGCAAUUAAGCACCAGUGAUGAGAAUGGAAAGGAAGAAUUAUUCCCAAUGAAAGAUCUCAUCUCACGUUUCCGUGCCAAUAUUAUUACCAAUGGGACAAGGGCUUUCGAAGAAGAGAAUUGGGAUGAGGUUUCAAUUGGUUCCUUGCGUUUCCAAGUUUUGGGGCCUUGUCACAGAUGCCAGAUGAUAUGCAUCGAUCAGCAAACGGGGCAACGAAACCAAGAUGUUUUCCAAAAGCUUUCUGAGAGGCAGGAGAGAAAGGUGAACUUUGGAGUGUACCUGAUGCACACGGCUUUGGAUUCGUCUUCUCCGUGUUACCUGUCUGUAGGAUCUCAGGUGCUCCCUAUGUUGAAAGAAAACACAGAACACGAUGAUUUAUCUGCUUCUGAGAAACAUCAGGAUGUUAUCUCCUAAAAUUUGUUUUCAACAUAGAUUAAAAUUUCUCUUUUACAACCA